UUUUCAUUGUUUUUUUUCUGGAUAGAGAAGAUAAUGAGCUCCUUGGGGUUUUCAGUUGGAACUUGUUCUCCUCCAAGUGAGCAAAGAAGAUGCAGAGCUCUUGUGAAUAGUAGCUUAAACAGAGCAGAAGCUAUCAACUUGAGAAACAAACAAAAAGUUUCUCCUGAUCCUGAGUUAAGUCUUGUCCAGCUAGCUUCAUGCGGUAGAAGAGAAGCAAUCAUUGGUUUUGGUUUUUGCCUUGGCGUUGUUGACAAUGUUUCUUCAGCCUUAGCCGCCGAGACAACUUCCUGCGAAUUCUCUGUUUCUCCUUCUGGUCUUGCUUUUUGUGAUAAAGUUGUUGGUUAUGGUCCUGAAGCUGUUAAAGGGCAACUAAUCAAGGCACAUUAUGUAGGGAAGUUGGAGAAUGGGAAAGUCUUUGAUAGUAGCUAUAAUCGAGGAAAGCCUCUAACAUUUCGAAUAGGUGUUGGUGAGGUGAUAAAAGGUUGGGAUCAAGGUAUCCUUGGCUCUGAUGGAAUUCCUCCUAUGCUUACCGGUGGGAAACGAACUUUGAGAAUUCCUCCAGAGCUCGCAUAUGGUGAUCGAGGCGCAGGUUGCAAAGGAGGGUCAUGUCUUAUUCCUCCAGCUUCGGUUCUUCUCUUUGACAUUGAGUACAUAGGUAAAGCUUGAGAGAGUCUUUUUACUUUGUAUUUCUUUCUUUUUUGAGUCAUCAUCUUUGUUCAGAUCAUCCUUAUAGAAAGAAAAAUAAUAAUGUCUACUCUUUUUCUGGCUCUUUCUAACUUUGUUUGGUUUAUACUUGGAUACAUUUACCUA